AUGGGUUCCGUCUAUGGCGGCCGUUUCGACGACGCUCGAACUUCAGUCUCGUCUGCGCGCCGAGAUGGCGGUUACACAACCGUGAAGCGCUAUGUUGUCAAAGAAGAGGAUACCCGCAGUCCUAUCGGUCGGGACCGCCGCUUCGUGCCCGACCGAGCCGGAGAGCGAGUGGAAGAGACUCGCAUUGUCCGCCGCGAACGCGAUGUCGAUGAACCUCGUCGCGAUGAUCCUCGUUACACAGAGCGCGAAUUGGUCAUCCGACGUGAGCGUGAUGAAGAGCCACGUAGAGACUAUGUCUACGACGCUUGGCGUGACGAGCCUGCCGCGGAGCGAGAGUUGGUGAUCAGACGCACCACCGAGCGCGAUGAUCCUCGCAGAGACGAGGUGUCAGUUGCAAGGUACGAAGAUCGAGGUCGAGAUGUGCGGAUUGCGGAGACCCGGUAUCGAGACGACUAUGAAAUUGUGGCGCCCAGUCGUUCUUUUGACGAUCGUGAUCUCCAGCGAUACUCUCGGACUGCCGAGUACUUCACUCCGCCUCCACAACCCACAACCAUCGUCAUCCGUCAAGAACCUAUCAUCAUCCGAGAGAGAGUCCGAGACGAUGACUACCAGAUAGUUCGCAAGUCAGACGUCGAAGACGAGCGCAGUGUUGUCCGUAGGGACCCACAACCUCGUGGCGAAGAAGACUUCUUUUAUGAAAAGAAGGUCCGAGAGCGCCUCGAUGACCGUCGCGAUGAUGACGACUACUACGAGCGGCGAAGCCGACGCCGCUCUGUCAGUCCCCAUGACUCAGUGAGCCAGAGAGGGCGUGAUUAUAGCAGUGACGACAGCAUGGUCUACGUGCGCAAAGAGACCCGCGAAGAGAGCCCCAGUCCUGAUCGCCGAAAGCGCCUUGCCGCGGGUGUUGUUGCAGGUGUGGGCGCCGCCGAACUUCUUCGAAAUCAUAAGAAGAAAGAAGGCCGCGAGACCUCUCACGGCAUUGGUCGCGUGGGACGGGACAUUGGCGCAGGCGCCCUAGGAGCUCUUGCUGCCGAGGGCAUUUCGCGUGCAAGAUCACGCCACCGAAGCAAGAGUCGACACCAUUCCAGGGACUCCAGAGAUCGCUAUUCUUCGCGAUCACGCUCUCGCAGACGCAGCAGAUCCCGAUCGGGGUCGCCAUCGAAAUUCAAAACCCUCGGAGCCGUCGGCCUCGGGGCUGCUGCACUCGCCGCUGCCGCGACUAUCGCUGCAAAACGCAUGAACAAAAACAAAGAGGAGCCACGGCGCAGUCGUUCUCAACAUCGUCGGGAAUCUCUCUCUAGCCUCGAGAAUGAUGCAUCAGCUCCAUCUGAUACUGCUCGAAACCCCAAGCAUCGCAACAAGAGGAUUGCCGAAGCCGGUGCUGCUGGUGCUGUUGUCGCAGGUCUGAUUGAUAGGGCUAGGAGCAAGUCACGGGCCAGGGAUGGAAAAGAACGAUCCCGCAGUCGCAUCAGACAAGCUCUUCCUAUUGUCGCUGCAGGACUGGGCAGUGCAGCACUUGCCGGCUUAUAUGAGAAGAACAAGGCCAAGAAAGAGGCCGAGGAGAUCGCCAAGGAGCAACGCCGUGCUCGCUCCAGGUCAAGGAGUAGAGCUAAGUCGGAUGGAUACUAUGAUGGACCCAGAGAUGCAGCGCUUAGUGAUCCUGGUUUGAUCGAGUACGGCACUGGCCCCAUGUACGGCAACAACUUUGGUCCGGACUAUUAUGGUCGACCUCCACCACCAGAGGGCUACUACGGGGCUUCUGACGCAGUGGUUCCCGCUGCCGCCGGUGGUACCGCAGCAUAUGCCGCUCAGCGAGGCGCCAGAAGUCGCAGUCGAAGUGCGAGCCGUGAACGUGGCGGGAGGUCGUCUCGCAGUUCCAGCUCUUCCCCUGAGCGAAGCAAACACGGGCGCAGACGAUCUUCACAUGAUGCCGUGAAGACAGCUGCAGCGGCUGGAGCCGGCGCAAUUGCUGCCUCUGAGUAUGAGCGACAUAAGCAGGAGAAGCGAGAGCGUAAAGCCCGAAGACGUCGUGAAGAGGAGGGAUAUGGCCAUGAUCCCUAUGAGGACAACUAUAACCCUGCUCAGCCGUAUCCUCCCACGCCGCCACCGCCCGCCAACGACCCGUAUGCUUCCCAGCAAGGCUUCUAUCCUCAAACAAGCCAAUUCCCACCACCGCCUGGUUCUGUACCCCAACAAUACCCUCCACAGCAGACAACACCUACAGCCGGGCCUGCUGCUGGGACAUCCUAUCCUGCUCAGCCUUACCCUCCUCCUCCCCCAGCGAGCGGACCGCCUCCCCCAACCACCACUCCCUAUGAUGCAUAUGGUUCCGGUGCGAAUCCUUACGCACCACGGGGACCUGAAAAUGUGAGUGCUGAGCCAAGUCCUACAUUUGGCGAUUUGUCUGUACCUGCCACAUCCAAUGACCAGAACCAUGUCGAUGGUCUAAAUACGGCUGUUGGCGCCGCCGCUCCGUCACCUGCUGUCAAUGGCCACACGUCCUCAACCUCGACAUCAGCAACCUAUCCAAGUCCUAUACCGAACCCUGAAUCUACGAAGAAUUCGAUGGCAUCCACAGCAAGAGGAGUCUCCCCACCUCGCUCACAGUCUCAACCUGCCCCAUCUGCUCGACGUAAGAGUGUGCAAUUCGCCGACAAACCAGAAAUAUCACCCGACUUCGAUGCCGGUGCUGCGGAAUCCGACGCUUCAAGUCCCGAGCGUCAUCGCCAUAAGCACAAAUACCCCAAUUCUCGAGGCUACGAAUCGGAAGACGACACAGACUCCACCCCUGUAGAUGCCCGACAUGGACGUCGGGACCGUUCAUCUCGGACCAGAAAUCUUGAUCCAACUGGCGGUGCUCAGGACAAGCGAAGAGACCAUCUGCGACGCCCGUCUCAUGAGCCGACCACUUCCCACGAUGGACUGCGGGUGCCACCGCCUGAACGUGUCACCAGCCCGUAUGACUCGGAUUCCACGGUAGAGCUGCCGCCAAGGUUCGACGAACAAGGACGAAGGAAGACCGCGCUAGGAGAGGAUCCUCUUGCAGAUCGUCUGGAGGAGAUUCUUGCCGGGAGAGGAGUUGUGGGAAAGGUGUUCGGGAAUUUCUUGGAUGGGCUAUUGGGACCGGAAGGUAGGAAGAGGGGCAGGUGA